UGAGAAAACCCGUGAUUGGCUGCUUCGAAACAUAUGGGACUUCUUGUUUGCAAAGAUAAACUUGUAGUUUUCUAACUGUUCUGUAUUCGGUAAUUUACAGACUGUAUUUAAAGAUGUCACAGUUUUAAUCUACCACGACGCUAUGGCUGAAUACAUGCAAUCUCACAAAUACAUUAGAUAUACGUUAUUUAAAUCAUACAAGGUCUGUGAUAACAUACAUGUGCGCAUAAUUUAGUUUAUUUACAUUAAUUGGAAAACGUAAAAUGCAUUUGUUAAAAUUAGCGGUUAGAGAUUUAAAAUUAUUACAUUCUGAUGGAUGAGCAUUUAUCACUUUCGCCGUAUGAUGACUGUUCUCUGAUCUUUUAAAAUUAGAUUUACUUUAAAAUGUUAACUUUGAUACAGACCGAACCUGACUGAAAAUGUACAAGACGCGGGUCCCGUUUUUCCUGGAUUUAGACUAUGUUGAGCUGCUUGCUUUUUUCUCUAGAUUCAGUCAUGCCUUCUAAAACGGCUAAAAGCUCAACUGCAUCGAAGCCAAAGGGAAAAGGAGUUCAACCUCUGGAUGAUUCCUCAGAUGAGGUGGAAAUACCCCCCCACAAAAUCAACGCAAAUGGGAAAGAAGCAGCACAGAGUACAAAUGCUACUCCAAAUGUGAAAGACGAAUCUGUUGAUAAUCGAAGUUUAGAGGAGAUUUUGAAUAGCAUCCCUCCUCCCCCACCACCAGCAAUGACCAAUGAACCUGGUGCACCUCGUCUGAUGAUAACUCAUAUUGUAAACCAGAACUUCAAAUCAUAUGCAGAUGAACAGGUUUUGGGGCCCUUUCACAAGCGCUUUUCCUGCAUUAUUGGACCAAAUGGCAGUGGGAAAUCCAACGUGAUAGACUCAAUGCUUUUUGUCUUUGGAUACAGGGCCCAAAAGAUAAGAUCCAAAAAACUCUCUGUCCUGAUACACAAUUCUGAUGAGCACAGUGAUGUACAGAGCUGUACUGUGGAAGUUCACUUUCAAAAAAUCAUUGACAAGGAAGGUGAUGAUUAUGAAGUCAUCCCCAACAGCAAAUUUUAUGUUUCAAGAACAGCCUACAAAGACAAUUCAUCAGUAUACAACAUCAACGGAAAGAAAGCAACCUUCAAAGAUGUUGGAGCUUUGCUUCGUAGUCAUGGAAUAGACCUGGACCAUAACAGGUUUUUGAUUUUACAGGGUGAAGUGGAACAAAUUGCCAUGAUGAAACCAAAAGGCCAAACUGACCAUGAUGAAGGGAUGUUGGAAUACCUUGAGGAUAUCAUAGGAUCUGCAAGACUUAAAGAGCCCAUUCAGGUCCUUUGUCGCAGAGUUGAAUCGCUAAAUGAACAGAGAGGAGAAAAGUUAAACAGGGUUAAGAUGGUGGAAAAAGAAAAAGAUGCACUGGAAGGAGAGAAGAAUUGUGCAAUUGAAUUUCUUACUAUGGAGAAUGAGAUCUUCAAAAAAAGGAACCAUGUUUGUCAGUAUUACAUCCAUGAUCUGCAGAGGAGAGUGACCGAUAUGGAAGCACAAAAGCAAGCAAUCCUUGAUGAAACUAAAGACAUCAACGAAAAAAGUAGAAACCUUUCUGAACAGUUGAAAGUAAAGAACAAGGCUUUAAAAGAUGUUGAAAAGAAAUUGGGUAAAAUCACAAAGUUUAUUGAGGAAAGAAAGGAGAAAUUCACUCAGCUGGACUUGCAAGAUGUUGAAGUCAGAGAAAAGUUGAAGCAUUCCAAAAGCAAAGUAAAGAAGCUCCAAAAGCAACUGCAAAAGGAUAAAGACAAGGAAGAAGAACUGAAGAAUGUUCCUGCCAACAGUGAAAAAACUAUUUCCGAAGCAACUGCAAAAAAAGAAGAGCAGGAGAAGCAAAAGGCAGUUGAAGAAGAAAAAUUAAAGAAAGUUAUGGAAAGCCUGAAGCUGGAAACUCGGGGACUACAGCAAGAAAAGGAGGUGAAGGAGAAGGAGCUAAUGGAACUGAGUAAAGCAGUAAAUGCAACUCGUUCCACGAUGGAUGUUGCCCAAUCGGAAAUUGAUAUAUAUCUCAGUCGCCAUAAUACUGCACUAACCCAACUUAACAACGCAAAAGAGGCCUUACAAACUACAACUGAGACUCUUAAGGAAAGAAAAACAGCUAUUAAAGAGUUGGAGACAAAAAUACCCAAAUGUGAGGAAGAACUACAAAAGGAUGAACAACAACUCAUAAAAAUAGUAAAAGCUGAUGGGGAAAUAAGAGAAGUUGUUAGAGGACUUCGCCAGAAGGUGGAAGAUGCAAAGAGUUCCCUUUCAUCAAACCGUAGUCGGGGAAAAGUGCUGGAUGCACUAAUGCAACAAAAGAAGUCUGGAAAAAUACCAGGAAUCCUUGGGAGAUUGGGAGACCUUGGAGCAAUUGAUGAAAAGUAUGAUGUGGCCAUUUCCUCCAGCUGUGGAUCUCUGGACAACAUACUUGUAGAUACCAUUGAUACAGCUCAAGAGUGUGUUAAUUUCCUUAAGAAACAAAAUGUCGGUGUUGCAACUUUCAUUGGGCUGGAUAAGAUGAAAGUUUGGGAAAAUAAAAUGGCAAAGAUUCAGACUCCUGAGAAUAUUCCAAGGCUAUUUGAUAUGGUGAAGGUUCAAGAUGAGGCCAUUCUUCCAGCUUUUUAUUUUGCUUUGCGUAAUACUCUUGUGGCAGACCAUCUAGAACAGGCUACUCGAUUAGCCUUCCAGAAAGACAAGCGUUGGAGAGUGGUGACACUGCAAGGACAGAUCAUAGAACAGUCUGGCACAAUGACUGGUGGUGGUGGAAGGGUCAUGAAAGGAAGAAUGGGAUCUUCUUUGGCCCAGGAAGUUUCUCAGGAAGAGUUAGACGCAAUGGAAAGUAAACUUAAAAAAGAUGUUGUCUUGGCACAAACUUACCAAGAAGACAAAGGGAAGCUUGAAGAGAAAGUGCAUACGAUGCAACAGACUAUCCGGGAAAUGAAAAACACCUUGGAGAAGUAUAUUGCUAGCAUUAAGAGUCUGUCUGAGCAAGAGGUUCACCUCAUGGUACAGAUGAAGGAGCUUCAGGCAAAUGUUGUUGCAGCUGCUCCUGAUAAGAAUAAACAGAAGCAACUGGAAAAGACACUGGAGACAUUCAAAAAAGAAUAUGAAAGUGCUGCUGGAAAAGCUGGUAGAGUUGAAGCAGAAGUAAAAAGGCUGCAUAAUCUAAUUAUCGAAAUAAAUAAUCACAAACUAAAAUCUCAACAAGAUAACCUAGAUAAAAUUAACAAGGAAAUCGAUGAUUGUGCUUCUGCAAUAACUAAAGCUCAGGUUGCCAUCAAGACUGCUGGAAGAAAUCUUAAGAAAGCUGAAGAUGCAGUUACUCGUACAGAGCAGGAAAUUGUGGAGAAUGAUAACACUGUGGAAGAGCUUACAGGCGAGCUGAAAAAACUGGAAGAGGAGGCUACUGUUGUCAUGAAGGAAUGCAAAGAAGCUGAGGAGACAUUGCCUGAGGUACAGGAAGAACACCGAGCUGUGCUUCAGGAGAUUAAAGCCAUUCAAGAGGAUGAUCAUGCACUCCAGAAAGAGUCUCUGAAUAUACGACUGAAGAUCGAGCAAAUUGAAAGUCAUAUUGCAGAGCAUCAGUCAAAGAUUAAACAUUGGCAAAAAGAGGAGGAACUAUACCUGCAGCGUGUGGCUGAACUGGAUGAAAUUACCAGUGAACGUGACAACUUUAGAAGGGCUUAUGAAGAUCUAAGAAAGCAGAGGCUGAACGAGUUUAUGGCUGGAUUCAAUGUAAUCACAAAUAAACUUAAAGAAAAUUACCAGAUGCUCACACUAGGUGGGGAUGCUGAGCUGGAAUUGGUAGACAGUCUGGACCCAUUCUCGGAAGGAAUAAUGUUUAGUGUAAGACCCCCCAAGAAAAGUUGGAAGAAAAUCUUCAAUCUUUCAGGUGGUGAGAAAACACUUAGCUCUCUCGCUUUGGUUUUUGCACUUCAUCAUUUUAAACCAACUCCUUUGUACUUUAUGGAUGAGAUUGAUGCUGCACUGGACUUCAAAAAUGUUUCCAUUGUUGCAUUUUACAUUUACGAACAAACAAAGAAUGCCCAAUUCAUCAUUAUUUCUUUGCGAAAUAACAUGUUUGAGAUUGCUGACAGACUUAUUGGGAUAUACAAAACUCACAAUACAACAAAGAGCGUUGGAAUAAAUCCAAAAAUUAUUGCUUCAAAAGAACUUGCAGAAGUGUCAUCUUAA